AUGUCUACCCUGUGUGAUGCAACUGAUGUAUUCCUUCUCGUCUUCGAGUACAGCGAUCCAAUCCGCGGUCUCUUCGCAGAGAUUACCGCAAUAAGACGCCCCCAAGGCACAUUUCUCCCUGGUCCCGGCCCUCGACUGACCACGUACUUCAACCCACGGUAUAGGGUUUUCGACAUAAAGAUGUCGCUUCCCUGGAGUGUCAAGCUUUUGAGGCAGGGUGUGGAUUGGAUCGAGUUCCUGUGGCCCUUCAAGCUGUAA